AUGGCACCAGCUUACUUGAUCGGCAGUUGGAUGGUCCUGGCUGGCCACGUGCUCGCCAGCGCUGGUCACCACCACCACGCCCAUCUUCACCAUGCUCGCCACCUCCCAAUUAGCCCGCUUCCUGUGCCAACCGAGGUCCUUGACUUCGGCCGGGCGGCCCAGACAACAUCGCCAGCCACACUCGGCGACAGCUGCGGCGAGGUCAACGACGCCAUUGUAGGCUGUGCCGACAUCAUCCCCAACUUCGACAAGGCGGAUGCCCAGCAGAUUGGACAGUGCUUGUGCUGUGAUGGGACUAAAUACCGGCCGAAGGUGUUCGACGGCAAGGCUGCUCAGUGUGCAUCCUACAUCAAGGGCCUCGCCCCUCAGUCCACGGAUGCCAUAAACCAAUGGGCCGGACUGGCAAGCUUCUGUGGUCCGGGAGGCCCGGAGGGCAACAUGGCUGGGGUGUGCACGAAGACUUAUAGCUACAAGUCAAAGGCUCCCGAAACAAUCGCUGCUGUCGGACCUGCCGUCACCGCCUCAGUAGCACCGGCUUGUCUGUCACUGCAGGCCAUCGGAGCAUCGUGCAUGAAGGAGACACCAGGCUUCGGAUCCCUGCCGGCAAAGUCGCAAGCUGAAUGCUACUGUUACUCCUCCACCAAACAGACAACGACCUGGAUCCCAGGCCACCUUGACAACUUUGCCAACAAGUGUGCCAACUGGGCAUCAGGCGCAGGGCAGAGUUCUCUCGGCAGUGCCGCUUCGCACCUGGUUGGAUUCUGCUCGAGCCUGGGCGACUUUUUGGGCUCCGAGGCCCCUUCUGUGAUGGCUGCCGCUGCCACCCCGACCCUGGGAUUAGCCGGUCAUACUACAUCAGCACCGGUCAACGAGCAGCCAGUCGCAGCCAUGUUGGAGACAUCAGCACCUGCGAGAACCGGCCCUACCGUGUCCGAGUCGCUGGCUCUGCCCACGACAACCAGUGGUGCCAUCACUCUCGGCAGACCCGCGUCUUGGGUCCUCUGUGCCGGCGCAGUUUCAUUGGCAUUGUUCGGAUGGUAA